UGAACCUGCCGGUGAAGGUCCCACAUCCAGGACGGAGGCUCUGGGAGAUGCUGAGGGUGUGUCUGCAGGGAGGACUUCUCCAGCUCCAGCGCUGGAUGCUCAGCCCCAACCCAGCUCCCAUGGCAGGGGUUCUCCGACAGGGAAGAUCCAAGACAGAACAGACCAGAUAUCCCUGGAACCCCCCAAACAGACGAAGCAAGAGCUGAAGGAAAUGUGGCAGGGAGGACAAGAAAUGAAAGGAGAGCCUGUGCACAUGGAAGCAUUACCCAGAGGAAGCAGUGGUUCCAUGCCAGCCUCUGCUGCAGGAAGGGAGGCCAUGCCAGACCCAGGCCCAGGAGAUGAGGUUGCCGGGAAGGCUUCUCCAUUAGCUUGGAUGAAUAAAGUUUCCAAGCCCUUGGAGCCUCCUGCAGAUGUGUCUACAGGGAGGACUUCUCCAGCUCCUACCUUGGAAGCUGCACAAAAGCCCAGCUCCCAUCAGAGUGGGAAAAUCCAAGAUACAACAGAUAAGAUAUCCCUGGAACCAUCCAAACAGAUGAGGCAAGAGCUGAAGGAACUCCUGCAGACAAGACAAGAGAUGGACAUAGUGCUUCAGUGGAAGGUGGCAUUUCUUGAAGGAAGCACUCCAUCUUCAGUGCCAGCCUCUGCUGCAGGAAAGAAGGCAAAGCCAGACACGGGCACAGGCACAGCAGACUGGGAUGCUGGGAAGGAUUCUCCGUUAGCCUGGCGCUAUGAAGUUGUGAAACCCUCUGGGCAUUCUGCAGAUGUGUCUGCAGGGACGACUUCACCAACUCCUACCUUGGAUGCUGCACAAAAGGCCAGCUCCCAUCACAGGAGUCCUACGAUAGGAGAGACCAAAGACAUGGCAGGCAAGAAAUUCCAGGACCCAUUAGAAAUCAUGUGGCAAAUGCUGAAGGAACGUCUGCAGAGAAAGCAAGAAAUGAAAGGAGAGCCUGUGCACAUGGAAGCACUUCCCAGAGGAAGCAGUGGUUCCGUGCCAGCCUCUGCUGCAGGAAGGGAGGCUGUACAAGGCACAGGCACAGGAGCUGAACCUGCUGGUGAAGGCCCCACAUCCAGGACGGAGGCUCUGGGAGAUGCUGAGGGUGUGUCUGCAGGGAGGACUUCUUCAGCUCCAGGGCUGGAUGCUUGGCCCCAACCCAGCUCCCAUGGCAGGGUUCCUCCAAAAGGAAAGACCCAAGAUACUGCAGCCAAAAAGUCUCAUGAGGCAGAUGAAUUCCUGAGACAAACACAGAAGGAAGCACCCGGAGGACAAGUGAUGGACCAAAAGGCUGUUCAGGAGGAGGAACAGCCAGGGAGAAGCAGUGGCUCAUUGGCAGCCCUAGCUGCAGGAAGGAAGGCAAUGACAGACACGGGCACAGGCACAGCAGAUGCAGCCGGCACCACAAGACCUGUUCCCAAUGCCCAGGAUGGCCUCAGAAGGGGUUUCUGUCAGGGAACAGGCUGCUGGCUACUGUUACUGGCAAGUGUGCUUUGUUUGGGGCUUGUGUUCAUGUUGUACUGCUUUGGAAUCGGGUAUUCCUGGAAGAGAAAACAGAGCACCUCGGGACAGGAGUUGGAAGACGGUGGCUGCACCUCACAGCCAGACAGCGUGAGCAGCUCCUCCAGCAGCAGGAACGGCCUGGACAGCCCUCUCAAGUGUUCUGUGAAGAGGACCCCAGAACAACCGUCGACGAGGAAGCCUCUUAUUGCCCCAUAGGUCCCACUGCCAUCUGCUCUCCCCAUGGGCCUCCCCAAGCUGCCUUCAUCCCUUUUUUUUUCUCUGUCUGUCCCAUCCCAGCCAACCCGAGUUCCUCUAGAGACCCCAGGACCAACCCAGCACCUUCCAGCCCUUCCUGAGACCAACACAUCCCUUCCUCUGCCCCUGAGCCCUCUGGCCUUGCCCUCUAAGAAACACUGAAGGUGACAC